AUUCAGCUUGCCAGUUUAUCCACCAUAUCAUCCCCCAAGUGAUUCAUGAACAUAAAAAUAGGAGCACCAAAAUACUUAAGCAGUGGUAAUCCGAACUGAACUCACAUAACAAAACAGAGAUCAAAAAAUUAAGCAAGUUGAGCCUUUAAUCAAGAAAGCAUUUGGAUUAUCCAUUGUGAUAAAAUACAUUUUUUGCAAUGCGGACUCCUUUGCUAAGCAGCCCUGAUACGCUACAAGUCAACAUUCUUAACUGUGACGUAGAAGAGAGAAAUGUUGCCAAGAAGGAAAGUUUCUCUAUGCUUUGGGAGGAUCUGACUAUGGAAAUAAGGCGGCAAGAGAGGACAACGUUGCUGGAAUGGAAUAGCUUCCGCCAUGAGACGUAUGAAAAACAACACCAGGACACCAUUCUUGUGCAGAGAUCUCCCAGCUUGAAGAUACAGAUGGGCAGACUGGGAGAAAAGAUGAAAGUGUACCGCCUUCCGUACAAGAACGUGCUUCCUGUACCUUUGUUUAAACCAAGCAAAUUACCAAGCAAACAUAAUUAUGCAUCUGAAGGAUGUCAAACCAGAAAUGUCCCUGCUUCUGAAAAAGAGGCAAUCAGGCAAAUGGCAAAAGGUCCUCAGUCCACCAAACCAGGUUUCCAGGUUUCCAGCCUUCUACCCCAACAAAAUAUCUGGUGCCCAUCAAUGCAUUAAUUGCUUUUGUAGCAUCCUAGCUGGGGUUUUCAAAUUACUUUCUAGCUUGUGGCUUUAAAAACAUUACAUAGUGCUAGGACUGCCACACUCAAGCUCAGUGUUAGAACCCAGUUACCUUUAAGAGUUCCUUCUACAGGGGUCCUGAUCUAGCCCUGACCUAGUCAUGGGUGACCCAAUGAGAAUGUGGACCCUGAGGGCAUCAAAACCAAUCCAAACAAUUCAAUGGGGACUGUAUGAACAUCAUGAUACAGAUUUGUUCCAUGUGUCGAAGGAUGUGUUCAUGUUUGGUCCUCCUUUGCUGGAUCAGGCAAAUAAGCAUUAGAAGUAGUGUUAUGCAUAGAUCCUGAAAUAAAAUGGGGAUCCAAAUGUUAGGGCGAGGAGGAAGUUUGCAUCUAGCGACUAAAGUGGUUCACAUGGCAAUCCAGCUCCAUGCUUUGCCUGAUGCAUUUGAGGAAAAUGUUUGGCUGGUGCUCUGCACCUGCUGGUUCCUUCAACACUCUUCACAUCUCUGGGUGCUUUUGGAAAGUGGCGUGCCUAUCGGAGAAAACACAGCACUGUGUGCAUUAUCCCCGAAGGGUUUUCUACCAAAAAAAAAAAA